UAUGCCCCCAGGGCUGAUGUUGGCGGAAGCAGAGAUCCAUGGAUGGUUGUAACCGUCCCAGGGAGUAACCGUACCAGGGAGGUACUUUCGGUCACCUGCACAACACCCUGGUCUGGCCAGACUGCCCCGCAUCUUUGACCGAAGCGUUGUGGCGAUGCACCGCCAUCUUUGUCUUCAACAGUGUAAUGGCCAAGGCGGGCUGCCGUGGUGUCUCUGUGACAAAGAACCAGAUUGCCAUGAUACCCUUCCAGUCGGCGUUAGCAACCUCAUCAACUGCACUCUCGGAAGGCCGUACGCAUGCGCGCAGCAGACCGAAACCCCUUGAUUCAGGAUGAGACUUCUAAGUGUGCAUACGCUCAAGGUCACAGAGUUUGGCCAAGACGUCCCUCCGUAUGCCAUAUUGUCCCAUACUUGGGGGGAAGAGGAGGUCAGCUUUGUUGAGAUACAGCAAGGCACAGGAACCGGGCUUAAAGGGUAUUCCAAAGUCUACGAGUGCUGCCGGCAGGCUAGGCAUGAUGGGCUGGACUUUGUGUGGAUCGACACGUGCUGCAUAGACAAGAGGAGCUCUGCCGAGCUCUCCGAGGCAAUCAACUCCAUGUUUCAGUGGUAUCGUGACGCCGUCGUGUGCUACGCGUACCUCACAGACGUUCAGCAUCUCGGCGAGUUCAACGAGAGCCGAUGGUUUGAGCGGGGCUGGACGCUGCAGGAGCUUCUCGCGCCCAGGAUGGUCACGUUCUUCUUCAAGGACUGGAAGUUUAUGGGCACGCGCGAUUCUCUCCGCAAGAGGAUAUCGGCAACCACCAAGAUCGACCUGCAGGUCUUCCAGAACGGGAGGCUGAGCGACUACUGUGUGGCCCAGAAAAUGGCUUGGGCAUCUGGCAGGAAGACGACGCGCGUCGAAGACCAAGCCUACUGCCUCUUGGGUCUGUUCGGUGUGACCAUGGCACUUGUCUACGGCGAAGGCGAGCAAGCAUUCUUGCGCUUGCAGGAGGAGAUCAUGAAGCACUCGGACGACCAAUCCAUCUUUGCGUGGCAGCUUCCAGCUGCCGACCUACAAGCAGCGGCUGACAGCACUUCGACGGAUGUUGAGGUCGACAAGGGCGGCAUUCUCGCCAGGCGGCCCUCCUGGUUCGCCAGCUCUGGAAGGGUGACUGGGGCAUGGUCCAACAGGGACAGCUCGCCAUUUUCCAUCACGAACAAGGGCCUGCAGAUGUCAAUACCCAUCAUCCCUGCCGACAGCAGCUUCCAGGUCCAGCCAAUGGCCACCGAGUUUGAAAAUGAUCUUGUUCCAGCAGCGACCAGCGGAGUUCAACUCACCGUCACGCCAGCCGAGGAUGUCGCCAUCCUGAACUGCCACUCAUCUGAAGACGCCAAUGCCUUUUUGGCCAUAUUUGUCAAGAUGGACGAGACGAACAAUACCUACCGGCGAGUCGAUGCACAGUUCCCGCUGAGCUCGGUCUCGAGAGCCAACAUCAGGCGAUAUGCCAAGAGGCAAAACCUCCUCGUGCGCUCCCACAAUCUCACCUUUGGAGAGUCUCUGUGGAGGCAGAAUGUCGCGAGCAGGCUGAUGAUCAUCAGAAUCGAUGGCGGAGAGUCGGUCGGGUUCUCCUUCUGCGCCACCGAGAUCUUCCCCAGGCGAACAUGGCGCAAGCAGCACACCGGCGGCCUUUCGUUCCCCCUGAGAAGCGCUCUUCUUCAGAGCCAGCUCGUCGAGAGAACCGCGGUCUUGUUUCAAGACCAGAACAGGGAAGGUCCACAUGACAGGUUCUUGCUGAUUUUGGAUCCGGCUGACCGCACGCACGGCGAGAUUGGAGUGCAGAUGCUCAGCAGGGCGGUGCUCGCUACUGGCGACGCACUCGAGCUAAACGUGUACAACUACAACAUCAGCCAGACCAUCAUAGAUAAGGCUAUCACCGUCCCGUCAGAUGGGCAUGUCUACUCUGCGGUAAGUGGGCCGCGAUGGCGGAUCCUGGUCGACGUCCGUACCGCAGACCAUGCUUGUAUUGUUACGUUGCGGCCGCGUGCAUACGAACCAGAAAGGGGGCUUGUUGCAAACACGCCAGUGAGGAUGCUGAGUGGGAGGGAGUCUCGAAGAGACGAGUCGGUGGUUCGAGAUGGUGCUACGGCCGUAGUUUCAUGACAAAAGCAGUGAGGCAAGUGUCAAUGCAUGACAGUUCCUCAAGAUCUGCAUAAACG